UCCCCUCUCUCUCUCCCUCUCCAACACUCCCAACUUUCUCCCCUCUAUUAAGUUCCAAGCUUCUUUCAAUCUGAAGUGAACAACAUAUUCCAAACAGGAGGUGUUCCAGUAAAAUUAGACGCCAUCCUUCCUCGUCACCCUGUCCUCUCCUCCUCCAUCAUUCUCUCCAUCACUCCCUUUCUCCCAUCUUUUCUACUCCCAUACUGAACCAUUCAUCUCUCUCUCUCCCCUUUCCUCCUCCCGUUCUCUACGUUCUCCAUUCUUCAUCCCCACAUCCACCUCUGAACUGCUGUUAUCUGUGUCUCUACCUUCCUCCUGUCUUCAACCUUCCUUUCUUCUUUUUGGGGUUCACCUCCCUUCAAUUAUUUCCCUGCUUCUCUCUCUUCACCCUCUUUCCCGUCCUCUUCCCUCUUUCCCUCCCUUCCUCUCUCCAUCCGGCCUCUCGGCCUCUGGUAGAGGUCACCAUGUGGGCCAACUACAUUGUCCAGCCGGAGGAGGAUGGCCGUAUGGGGGUGGUAGGAGCAGGGCCCCAUGGGGGCMUGGCCGGCMUGGCAGGGGKGAAGGGAGKKGGGCGUGSUACRAGGCGGACCCCUAGGAUGAGUGACAGCCAGGAGGGGAAGAUCAAGCUGGCGUUCUUUGUGGCCAUUGUGGGYGUGACCCUGACAGUGCUGGGGGUGGGGACAGAGUUCUGGGUGGAGCUGGCCACACCCAAGACCUGGAGUAACAACCAGACGUGUCAGACAGCCCACUACGGCCUGUGGAAGGGGUGUACCCGCACCCUGUGGGUGGACGACAUCGACCCCGAGAGAGAGAGCUGCGGCCCCGCCGACCUGCCCGGAGAAUCCAACUGCACUUACUUCAAAUUCUUCACCAAUGGAGACAACGCAGUCAUAUUUAAGAAGACGACCCACAAGAACCUGAACAUAGCGGCUGCUAUCCUAGCAAUGAUAGCUCUGUCUAUGAUGGUGAUGGGAGCUAUCUGUAUCACCAUGUCCCUCAGUAAAGGAGUGCCCUUCUUCCUCAAGCCCGCCUCCUUCUGCUUCAUCCUAUCAGGUCUACUGGUCCUGCUGUCUAUACUGGUGUUUCACCAGUCAGUGCUGGCCCUGUUGUCAUCUGACCACUCCAUACCGCUCCACCACGAGCUCUCCUGGUCCGUGGCCUGUGUGGGCUUCGCUGGGGCCAUCCUCAUCAUGGGGGGGAUCCUUUUCCUGAUCCUCUCCCUCCCCUACAGCCCAUGGGAGAAAUGUCUGCCUCAACGCAACAGCAGCACUACCUAGCACAUGGGAGGCCCAAAAGCACAUUACUGGGGA